AUGGGCAUGUGUAUCUUCGAUGGUAGAGGCAGCACCAACGAUUCUAUGCCUGAGAUCGAGGUCAACCCACUGCCUGAUCUUCAACGCAACAAGGCCAUUGUGGUCAUUGACUUUGGCAUCCCUGAGUACCUGUGUGUUCUUGAGCCUGGCUUUUGUCGUCUAGUGCCUACCGGUCCUGGCAAGGCACGUCUGGAACCUCUCCUAGGUUGA